AUGAUUUGUCCGUUCGGUGCUCUCCAAGUCUCCAGGUCCUCCCCGGACUCCCGCAUUCCCGGCUUUCUCACAGAUUGGCCGAUCGUUACUUCUUGCGGGAUGUCUUACUCGGCCUGUCCUGCGAUAUGGGCACCAUCCCCGGACUUCAGGUGGAACCUGGCCUGGAGAUGCCGUUGUCAGGGCCGGACGGGAGUCGUAUAUAAUGUGCUGGUGCACUCGACUGAUGUUACUUCGACGGCUUCUCCAGGUCAGCGCACACUUACGUCUGGCACGAUGUAUCGGAUUUCCAACAUAUACGUCCUGGCCGCCUUUGGCACCAUCGGGGGUGCUCUGUUCGGGUUCGAUGUGAGGUAG